CCCCCCCUUUCACUCCUCGCCCACUGCGUUGCUUGCUUGCUGCUCUCCUACGAGAAACGCGUUUCCCACACGGCCAACUUCAACCAGACUGUACAUCUCGCAUCGGCCAAGAUCCACCGCGUGAUCGCGCACAGACAACAAGACAAGGCUUGUAUACACACUCUAGUAUGCCCAAGGAAGCUAAAGCAAAGGACCAAAAGGCCUCCAAGAAGGCUGCGACCGGUCGGAAGACACGGGCAAAGAAGGAUCCCAAUGCACCCAAGAAACCUCUUUCCGCCUUUUUCUUCUUCUCGCAGGAGAACAGGGCAAGAAUAAAGGAGGAGAACCCGGACGCUACUUUUGGCCAGAUCGGCAAGUUGUUGGGUCAAGAAUGGAAAGAGAUUAGUCAAUCUGACAAGCAGCUCUACGAAAAGAAGGCUGAAAAUGACAAGAUCCGAUAUGAAAAGGAUCUGAGGGCGUAUCAGGCUGGCGAAACUGCUGCAGCCGAUGAUGAGGACGAAGAAGAUGAAUCUGAAUAAAUCUUUGUGUAGUUGAUUUCGUUCUCUUUCUUUUGCAGAAAUUGGGCUUUUUCGGCUCUUUGAGGGCUGGUUUUGUUCUUUUUUAUUUUAUUUUUUUGUUGAAUUGGGGGAGCGUUUACCCUGUUGCGCUAGGAAUUCAAUAUAGUUUGUCUAAUGGAUUUAUCGGUAUUUUGAACUGGCCAUUUUCUCUCCUGGGUUUUCUGGGAACAAGUAUUUA